CAUAAACUUUCCCUAAACUACUCUAUCUAUAUCAUUCUUAUUCACUUAUCCCCAUCACUCUCUUUCAAAAAACUAAACAAAUAUGGAUGUUACUGAUGUUAUCAUAUUCUUGUUUGCUCUCUAUUUCCUCAACCUAUGGUGGCGCCGCUACUCCUCCUCCCGAAGCAGCCAAUGUCGCAUGAACAUCCCGCCGGGACCAAAAGGAUGGCCACUAGUCGGAAACCUACUCCAAGUCAUAUUCCAAGGUCGACAUUUCGUCUUCAUAAUGCGUGACUUACGUAAAAAAUACGGUCCAAUAUUCACCAUGCAAAUGGGACAACGUACGAUGAUUAUCGUCACGGACGAGAAACUCAUCCACGAGGCUCUAGUCCAACGUGGCCCCACUUUCGCUUCCAGGCCUCCAGACUCACCGAUCCGGCUCAUUUUUAGCGUCGGAAAAUGCGCCAUAAACUCGGCUGAGUACGGAUCUUUGUGGCGGACUCUAAGGAGGAACUUUGUGACUGAGAUCGUUACACCGACGAGAGUUAAGCAAUGCUCGUGGAUAAGGACGUGGGCUAUGGAGAAUCAUAUGAAGAGGAUUCAAACGGAGAGUGUUGAGAAAGGUUUCGUCGAGGUUAUGAGUCAGUGUAGGCUAACGAUAUGUAGCAUCUUGAUAUGUCUUUGUUUCGGAGCCAAGAUCAGCGAGGAGAAGAUCAAGAACAUAGAGAAUGUUCUUAAAGACGUCAUGCUCAUAACAUCUCCAACGUUACCUGACUUUUUACCGGUUUUCACUCCGUUGUUUCGGCGUCAAGUUAGAGAAGCGAGAAAGCUAAGGAAGACGCAGCUCGAGUGUCUCGUGCCGUUGAUCAAGAACCGUCGUGCCUUUGUUGACGCUAAGGAGAGUCCUAACGAAGAGAUGGUGAGUCCAAUAGGUGCGGCUUACGUGGAUUCUUUGUUUAGUUUGAAACCUGUCGAGAGAGGUGGUGAGCUAAGAGAUGAAGAGAUCGUGACUUUGUGUUCGGAGAUUGUCUCUGCCGGUACGGACACGAGUGCAACUACGCUUGAGUGGGCGUUACUUCAUCUAGUGACCGACCAAAACAUACAAGAGAAACUGUACGAGGAAGUUGUUGGAGUUGUUGGCAAAAACGGCGUCGUUGAAGAAGAUGACGUGGCUAAAAUGCCUUACUUGGAGGCAAUAGUGAAAGAGACUCUCCGUAGACAUCCUCCGGGACAUUUUCUUCUCUCUCACGCUGCGGUGAAAGAUACUGAGCUUGGCGGGUAUGAUAUCCCGGCAGGGGCAUAUGUGGAAUUCUACACUGCUUGGGUUACUGAGAACCCGGAUAUAUGGUCGGAUCCGGGUAAGUUUCGACCCGAGAGGUUUUUAGCUGGUGGAGAUGGUGUUAAUGCUGAUUGGACCGGGACACGUGGUGUUACAAUGUUGCCUUUUGGGGCGGGUCGUCGGAUCUGUCCGGCUUGGUCUUUGGGUAUUCUACAUAUUAACUUGAUGCUUGCUAGGAUGAUCCAUUCGUUUAAAUGGAUCCCGGUUCCGGAUUCUCCACCCGACCCGACCGAGACUUAUGCAUUUACGGUCGUGAUGAAGAAUUCUCUCAAGGCUAGGAUCCAGUCAAGGACUUGAUGGAUACGUUUAAACUGGAAUGGAUCCGGUUUGUGAUAUGUUAUGCUUUUGUAUGCAUUAAUUUUAGCUAUUUAAUUACUAUCAUUUUCAAUAUAUUCCAGUGAUGCUUUUGUUUCUGAUGAUGUUAAACCAUAUAUAUAAUCAUAUGCAUUUCGGUUGGUUCAUGUGUUUGUACUUGUAUAACAGU